UUCGUGUAAUUUAAGCGGUUGUCAGUUGUCACAUAUUUACUUGUUUUGCAGCUACAAAUAAAAAUCACGAUCAACUUUUUUUUCUUUUUCUAAUUUUACUUUAAGUUCUAUACAAAAGUUCAAAACUAACUUACUGGAAAAAUGGCUCAAGGAAUGGUUUUUGAAGAUAUAUUCAAUGUAAAAGACAUAGAUCCAAAUGGCAAACAAUUUGAUCGAGUGAGCCGACUGCAUUGCGAGAGCGAAUCGUUCAAGAUGGAACUGAUCUUAGAUAUCAACUCGUGGAUUUAUCCCAUGGAUUUGGGUGAUAAAUUCAGGCUAGUGUUAGCCACUACAUUACGCGAGGACGGACAGCCUGAUGCUGGCGACUGGAACCCUAUAGAAAUGGAUCAAAACGGCUGUCGGGCUGACAGUUUUGAAUACGUCAUGUACGGCAAGAUUUAUAGGAUCGAGGGCGACGAUAAAGUGAAGGAGUCGCACAAAAACAAACUUGCCGCCUACGUAUCAUUCGGAGGAUUAUUGAUGCGACUGUUGGGCGAUCCAAACAAUUUACACGGAUUCGAAGUGGACCAAUGCGUUUACCUGCUAAUGAAAAAAUUAGCUUUUUAAAGUUAUCUACAGUUAAGAAGGGGGGCUAAAAUAAUUUUUCUGAAGAUAAACUAUACACAUUUUUAUACAAUUAUAAACAUUGCAAAUAUAUAUUAUAAUAAUUUGUCUGAUU